GCUCUUUCCAAUAGAUUCUCGGCUCAAGAAAAUCGUGAUGUUUGCAUUUUGAUUGAAAAAAUCAUGGUAUUUGCAUAUUGCUAAUGAAAAACAUUUACACCUAACUCUCAUAGAAGUGUAUUUACUACCGGGAAAUAAAUAUAGCAUUCACCUGUCGCUUCUCCUCUUUAGUCCCAUAUGUUAAUUGUGCCUUCUUUCUUUUCCCCUUUUGGAGAUUCCAUAAUUACCCUUUCUUGAAUUUAGAGUGACUCCACCACUCUCCAAACUGCUUCCUUUUCUCUUAAUCCCCAAUUCUUGAUUUCAUCUUCCUCUAAUUUAUUCAAAACCCUAGUAUUUUCUAGCUGGAUUAUAGGGUAUUGUAGAGGAAUUGAAUCAAGAAAAGGUUCAAUUUGAAGAUCAGUAAGAGAUGGCAAUAGCUGGACCAGAACAACUUAACCUAACAGAAGCUCCAACAUGGGGUUCUAGAACUGUUGAUUGUUUUGAGAAAUUGGAGCAAAUUGGUGAAGGCACUUAUGGUCAAGUUUACAUGGCAAAAGAAAUUAGAACAGGAGAAAUUGUUGCUUUGAAGAAGAUACGUAUGGACAACGAAAGAGAAGGGUUUCCAAUAACUGCAAUACGUGAAAUUAAAAUAUUAAAGAAGCUGCACCAUGAAAAUGUGAUUGACCUGAAAGAGAUCGUAACAUCUCCAGGUCGUGAGAAGGAUGAGCAAGGGAGACCAGAUGGUAACAAGUAUAAGGGUGGAAUCUACAUGGUUUUUGAGUACAUGGACCAUGAUUUGACUGGGCUUGCUGAUCGUCCUGGAAUGAGAUUUUCAGUUCCGCAGAUUAAGUGUUAUAUGAGGCAGCUUUUGACAGGACUUCACUAUUGUCAUGUGAAUCAAGUACUUCAUCGUGAUAUUAAAGGUUCCAAUCUUCUCAUUGACAACAAAGGCAAUUUGAAGCUUGCCGAUUUUGGGCUUGCUCGAUCCUUCUCAAAUGAUCACAAUGCAAAUCUUACAAAUCGUGUGAUUACUUUAUGGUACAGACCACCUGAGCUGCUUCUUGGAACCACAAAGUAUGGUCCAGCUGUUGAUAUGUGGUCGGUUGGUUGCAUCUUUGCUGAGCUGCUUCAUGGAAAACCAAUCUUUCCAGGGAAGGAUGAGCCAGAGCAGCUGAACAAGAUAUUUGAGUUGUGUGGCGCUCCAGACGAGGUUAAUUGGCCUGGAGUUUCCAAGAUUCCAUGGUAUAACAGUUUCAAACCAUCAAAGCCAAUGAAAAGACGUCUAAGGGAGGUUUUCAGACACUUUGAUCGACAUGCUUUGGAGUUGCUUGACAAGAUGCUGACCCUUGACCCAUCUCAGAGAAUAUCAGCCAAGGAUGCACUUGAUGCCGAGUAUUUCUGGACUGAUCCAUUACCAUGCGAUCCAAAGAGUUUGCCAACCUAUGAAGCUUCACAUGAGUUCCAGACAAAGAAAAAGCGUCAGCAGCAGAGGCAACACGACGAAGCAGCUAAACGUCAGAAACUGCAUCACCAGCAGCAGCAUGGUCGGCUUCCACCGGUUCAGCAGUCGGGGCAAGGACACCCAAUGAGACCAGGGCCAAAUCCCCCAAUGCAUGCAUCCCAUCCUCAGGCUGCUGGCGGACCUAGCCACCACUAUGCAAAGCCGCAUGGACCUCCAGCAGGACCAGGCAGAUAUCCAGCUGGUGGAAAUCCUUCUGGAGGAUACGGUCACCCUACUCGUGGCCAAGGUGGAGCUUAUGGCAGUGGUCGAUAUCCACCUCAAGGAGGAAGGGGUACCCAAUAUGGUUCAGGAGGGAUGCCAGGUGGAGGUGGUCCCCGCCCGAAUUAUCCUCACGGUGCCCCAUAUGGGUCUUCUGGUACUGGACGUGGCUCAAAUGCGAAUCGCAAUCAACAACAAUACAAUUGGCAGCAGUAACACUUCAUUCCUGCUUAGAUAUAGUAAGCAAAAUGUUCCAACUUAUGUGAAAUGUAAGAAGCAAAGUGUGGAUUGGAAUAUUCCCCGCUUCAUUGGUUUUUCUGAUCCGCCACAUGCAUCGCAAGAGAAGGGAGGCAACGUGUGGGAGGGCAUCGGUCGAACCUGUUUAUAUGGGAAGUUGUUACACUGAAGGUCACGUAAAAUAUAUAAUAUUAUGUGUUCUGUGGACAGUGUCUGAUGUUGUCUUCGUCCAAAUUCACUUGUGAACAGAACCACCAUAAACCUACACACUGCCAAGGAGCACUUAUGUUUUCAUCCGUUUUGUAGUGAAUAUCUUAUUUGUUUGGAUGUUGAAAUUCACUUUUUCAUGAAUCGUAAAUCGAGAUCCAAAUGUGUAACCGCUCUUUUAAAUUUGUGAGCUGAAUUUAUUGGAAAGCUGAGCCACAUCACCUGUUA